AUGGGCCAAUCGUCUACAAGUCCUACCUGAAGACUGAAUAUAGUGAUGAGAACAUGGAAUUCUGGUUGGCUUGUGAGAAGUAUAAGAAGAUUUUGUCAGAGCGGAAAAGAGUAUCAGAAGCACAGAAACUUUUUAAGGAAUUCAUCCAACCCCAGGCUCCAAAAGAGAUUAAUAUUGACAGUCCAGUGAGAGAAGGGAUUACCUUGAAGAUUCAGGAACCCACUCAGUGUUGUUUCGAUGAGGCUCAGAAAAUUGUUUACCUGCAUAUGGAAAGAGACUCAUAUCCCAGGUUUCUUAGCUCAGAAAUCUACCAAAGCCUUAUCGUCACCCUUUCAGCCCAGCAACAAUCAACAUACUGUCUCAAAGAGGAAAAGUGAGAGCUUUAUUUUGAGUUUCAAAAACAGAUAAAAGCACUUUCAUAAUAUAUUACACUGCAAUUCCCAUCAUUCCCAGCCAGCAACAUCUUUCCUGAUUUAAUGACCGCUGAGUUGCAUUCAAAACCAUGUCCCUCAGUUUACAGAAGAACGCACUUAGAAAAUAUAAAUAUUUUGAUAGGACUAUUAUUUUCUUAUUAAGUUGGCAUGGGAACGUUUAUAUAAAAUGGAACAGUAAAAUUCAAAGGUAUCAACCAAACCUUUAGUAUUGUCUGAAUAAUGCAGUGUCAGAGGCUGAUGAUGGGGUUGAGUUAACCAAGGAGUCUUACUCAGAUCAGUAUUUCUACGUCUUAGCGACAUCUUGAUCUAACACUCCUCUGUGGCACUUCCUGCCUUAUGCAAGCUGCAGCAUCAAUAACCAGAAACUCUAUCAACAUUCGGCCAGUCACCCAGGCAUUAAGCUAUUAAGCCUCUUCUAAACAAUUCAAGGAAGACAACAGCUGUUGCUGGCUUUCACCCUACACUAUGUAAAAGACAUAGCAAACAAGACACAGUACUGUAUAGGUACAUUUGCAACAAUAUAUUAAGGACAAGCUAUAUUUAUAAUAUUAUAUUAAAAAUCUAUAUAAUACUGGUAUCAUUACCUUUAAAAUUUUAUUUCGAUUUUAAAUAGUAUAUUUUUAGAAGCUUUGUUCACACAAGAGAAUUGUAGUUAUUGGGUGGUUUAGAAAUACAGGGAUAUCAAAGUAAAGCGUUUCAAAACUUAAUAGAAAUGGAAAGGUAGUCGUAAUUCAAACCUAUGUUUUUCAAAUGAAACAAGCAGAUAUUGAACGCAAACACUGAAAGUUAACAGUGAGUUUAAUAUGAAUAUAAGUGAGUAAGUGAACAUAAGUAACGUGUGAGUUUAAGUGAAAAGGGGAGGUCAUUUGAAAGGUACUUAAAUUAUUUUUUUCUUACAAUAUUUAUAUUUAAUAAAAUGCAAAUGAAUAAUUAAAUAAAAGUUGGAUGGU